AUGGCGCAAAACGUGACAGGAGGAGAGGAUCGUGAUGAACAGUCAGCUGGAUCAUUGAAUCAAGGACAGCUGAAUCAACACAGCGUUGAGUUCAACGAUCCAUACUUCCUGCACAUUACAGAAAAUCCAAAUGUGGUGCUGGUCUCUCCAAUUCUAGAUGAGACUAACUAUCCGUCUUGGAGCCGAGCUAUGAAAAUGGCGUUAGAAGUGAAGAACAAGUAUGAGUUUGUCAAUGGAGUUAUUCCGAGCCCUACUGAAGCUGAUCCAAGAUCAGUAAGCCCUGCAAUAGCUGAAAGCAUCAUGUACUUCGACAAAGCCUCAGAGAUAUGGAAUGCUCUUAAUAAAAGGUAUUCGCAGUCUGAUCCCCAUAAGAUAUCUGAAGUGCAGAAUGCGAUUUAUAAAAAUGUGCAAGGAAAUCUAUCUGUUAACGAGUAUUUCACCAAAUGUAAUUCUCUGUGGCAACAAUUGAACAUCUUAAGGCCUUUGCCUAUGUGUGAGUGUACACCUAGAUGCUCAUGUACUCUCAUGGAGAAGUUGCAGAAAGAAAGGGAAGAUGACUAUGUCAUCAGAUUCCUGGAAGGACUAAGUGAGGAGUAUGAGCCUAUUAAGUCCGGAGUCCUUGUCAUAGAUCCUAUGCCAGACGUGGGAAGAGUGUUUAAUAUGACCUUGAAAUUAGAAAGGAAAAUCAAGGGAGCUAUCAGUCAAAAAUCCACAGACCUAAUUCAAGCUAAUGCAGCCCAGAAUAUGGAUGAACAGAGUGUUGUAGCCUACACAUCCUCAAGUAAUAAAAAGAAGUUCAGCAGUAAUGGAGGGAAGAAUGUGCCCAAAUGCACAUUUUGUGGUAUGCUUGGACAUACCAUUGAGAAAUGUUAUAAGAAGAAUGGCUAUCCACCAGGGUGGAUUCCAGGAUACAAAGCCAAACAAAAGGGAAAUCAGGAGGGUUCACAGUCCAUGAAUACCUUUGUGAACCAGGUGGGUGAAACUGGCCUCUCUGAUGAUCAGUUUCAAAAGCUGGUAAACCUUCUGCAAAAUCAGAACAAAGUUAGUCAGAACUCCUCCAAUGCUGCUGUUGCUCUCACUAAUCAUGGACUCACAGCAGAUUUUAAAGAUCUUGGUGAAAAUCACAGUGAAGGUAAUCUUCUCAUCAAUGCUUUUCAGAAUUCCCUAGAUGUUUGGAUACUUGAUUCUGGUGCCACAGAUCACAUAACAUGCUCAAUAGAAUAUCUUAAAAACAGUUGUCAAGUCUCUGGAAUAUCUGUGAAAAUGCCUAAUGGGAAAACAGCUGAAGUUACUCAUGUAGGAAAAGUGAAAUUGGAUAAUAAUGUGGUGUUACAGAAUGUGUUAUGCAUCCCAACUUUUGCUUUCAAUAUAGUAUCUGCUAGUAAAUUAACCAAGCAGGCAGGGUGCAAAAUUAUUGUGAAGCCUGAUUGUUGUGACAUUCAGGGACCUCUUGGAAGAGUGGAUGGUUUUGCUAAAGAAAAGGAAGGGCUCUACUUGAUUAAUAGACCUCCAAUCAGAUUGAGAAAUCAAAUGGCUGAUGAAAAGUUGAAAUUACAAUGUAAUAAUCUUAGCAUUGAUGUAUGGCAUGAUAGGUUGGGGCACUAUCCUGCUAAUAAAAUCCCAUCAUUGAAAGGAAUAAACAUUACUUUUCCUGUUAAGAAUGUUGAAAUGGUCUGA